AUGCACGGAUCGGAGACUUGGGCAGCACCAUCUACGGUGAUAGAAAGGCUUGAUUGCACGGAACGAAGGCUGCUUAGAUGGCUACCUGGUUCUUUUUGGCCUAGGAUAUGCCACUAUGAAAAUCUUUACGCAGAAAUUGAUGUGGUAUACCGGUGGAUGACACGUGGAAGAUAUCAACAUCUUGCACCGCCAUCGAAACUGGCUAUAGAGGCUUCCUCAACUAGUUCUGAGUUUGCUGGGUUCGAACUGAAAGAAGCCACCUGGCCUGAAGACCUGAAGUUCUGGACUGAGGUGGUGAAAGAGGACCUGAGAACAAGCGGCGUGGAUAGGCAGUUCAGGCGAGACGUAAGGUUUCGCAGAAUAUGGAAUCGCGACGAAUGGAUUGAUUCUGUGCAAGCUCUCGCAGAAGAUCGAGAAGGUUGGGCAGAGCUGUGUUCAAGGACGGCACAUCUCGGCGAAGAUGCGGGUAAUAGCGUCAGGGAUGAGAUCAGCCCGCCAAUUAAGUUUAAAAGACUCCCUUUCGGAGUAACAGCAUCUCCAAGCAUUCUCAAAAUGUGCUUGACGUCAUUCUUGAACAGCCAAAACAUGGAUCUCGCCGCUAAAAUUGCCAAGAACCUAUACGUAGAUAAUAUCAUGAUGACUGUCGACACUGUAGAGGAAGCCCUACAAAAGUAUCGAAAAUUUAAGAUACUAUUCGCGAAAGUCGGUAUGAAUUUGAGGGGAUACAUAUCAAAUUCAAAUGGGGUCAACUCUCAAAUACCGAUUCGUGAUAGAAUGGAAAAUGGUACUUUAAAAUUUCUGGGUGUCGACUACAAUGCAAUCCGAGAUAAUUUCAAAGUUAUGACACAUUUCCGACCAGUCUACUGCGCUCAACUGAAAAGACUGGCAGACAAGAUCCGCAAGGUGCACCCGAAGCUCGACAACGUUCGCCUGCUGCACGAUAACGCGCGCCCUCGCAUCGCGAAGAAGACUUUCCAGAAAAUUCUGAGGCUCGGAUGGGAAGUUCUACAACACCCACCGUACAGCCCGGACCUAAUCGAUGCCACCACAGAAGUGGCCAGCACAAAAGAGAAGAUCGCAGCCGCCCAGGAAGAGGCCAUAAAAGAAGUAACCACAAGCUCAAUGUCACCAACUCUUCAACAACCUCGCCGCCAACACUCGCCAACAACGCCAUCAGCGCCCUCGACGCCAACCAACUACCAACCUACGCCACCACCCAGACAACGCCGUGCAACGGCAACAUCAACAAUCGCACAGUGA